AUGUCUCGAGCGAUAUUUGAUAAAAAUGAGAUUGCCUUUCAAAGUUUACUAGAUGAAUUUAACACUGCCUAUUAACGAUACUCUCUCACCUAAUCUAAGGAGGCCACUUUGGAGAUAUUGAAAACCAAACUGAAAUAAGCAGAGGAUAAAUUAAAUUUGAUGAAACUUGAAUUCAAGCAUUGUUAAUCAACUUUGAAGGCUGAAUUAGAAACAAAAUUAAAAUAGCACUUAGGAAAUUUCUCAACUGCCUAAAAGAAUCUGAUAUCCAUUGAAUAAGCAAAAUCCAUUGAAUAGUCUCAGCCAUCAUUAAAUUUGGACAACAGAAGGAGAUAAGAAAAGAAUACAAAUGAACUAGAAACGCAAACUAAUCAAUUAUAGGAUUGCCAUAAAGUAUUAGUCGAAACUGAAGACUUGCAAGUAGGAUUAAUGAAGGGUCUCGAUGACCAAAAGAAGAAAUUGUUGAUAGGCAUUGAAGGGACAGAUGAUAUUAGAAAAGGCGUCAAAGAGACUGGGAGAAAUGUGAGAGAUAUGGAGAACAGAGAGCUCUUUAGUAAAGCAUUGAAAUUGGGAUUGAUUGGAGUGUUGACACUAGGAAAUUUAAUGUUGAUAUACUAUAAAAUAUGA